CACAGACACACUAGUUACUCAUUUCCGUUCGUGUGUCUAUGAAAUCAAAACCAAACUGGAGUCAUAGUUAGAGAAGAGGAGUGCAAAUGUCAGGGCGCAAGCAUCUAGGGUCCUCUCGUGCUCUCUCCCAUUCUUCCUCCUCCCCCGCCGUCCGGGCCCUUCCGGUCGCCGCCCUUGAAGACCGCUUCAUCGCUCGCCACCGCGAGAUCCAGUCUCUCCUCCUAGACAACCAGCGCCUCGCCGCCGCCCACGUCGCCAUCAAGCAAGACCUCGCUGUCACCCAGCAGGAGCUCCGCAGUCUCACCGCCGCUGCCGCCAACGUUAAGGCCGAGCGCGAUGCCGAGGUGCGCGAGAUCUACGAGAAAUCGCUCAAAAUGGACGCCGAGGUCCGCUCCAUCGCCGCCAUGAGCUCCGAGCUCGAUCAGGUGCGGGCAGAUGUACAGGAGCUCGCCGCGUCGCGAAAGGAGAUAGCUUCAGAGCUGCAGUCGGUCGAGAACGACCUCGCGAGGGCACGCGCCGAGUCACAGUAUGUGCCUCCGAUCAAGGCUGAUAUAGAGGCCAUGCGCCAUGAGAUUCAACGAGGAAGGUAUUCUGUUUAUUUAAUUGCUUGUUUGUGUCACAGUUUGAGCAUAAUGGCUUUGAUUUUACAUUGAGAUUCAAUGAGGUCACAGGUUUCGCCUUGUGUGAACAGACUCUUCAAAUAUGCAAUAUAAGGCUGCCUACCAAAGACGAUUGUUUUGGCACUUGAGGUGCUCCUGACUAAACACAGUAGUAUGGGUCCUUGCUCUAAAUGGUUUUACUGAAAUUUUGAUUUUUUUUGAUUGGGCCUAAUGGUGUCUAUCAAUGUUGCUAACCCCAUCUACUGGGAUAAAAUUUGGUUAUUAUUGUUAUAUGACACUCCCAAUAGGUAAUACCAAGAUAACUUAAUAAUGGAUCUGCAUUUAAAUUCAUAACAUCAAAG